GAAUCUCUAAAUAAAAUCGUUGUUUUCAUUAGAAACAUGUAUAUUUUCGGAAAUAUGAAUUUAAUACUCAAAUAAAAAUUUUUGGUCGGUAGUAAGAGUUUUGUAAAAAGUGUGUAUUAAAACAAAUAUGCAUAAAUGUGAAUGAAAUCAGCGGGAGUUUGUGGAAAAAUGGGUACAAUAGCUUCGGUGUUGCAAUGGAAAUGUGAAAUUUGUAAUAGUAUCGAUCCCCAAAAAUGCAAAAACUGUGGCACAAUGCGACAAAUUUUAUCAAAAAAUGCAAAUGUUGGGGACGAUUGUGAGCAAACAAACCGUAUUCUGAUUGCAAAUGCAGAUAAAAAUGUAUGCAAAUCUGAAGGGUCUGACAAUUUUCCAACUUCAAGAUCCUUUUCCGAGAUAGACGGAUCCUCAAAUGCUUCCUCGGAAGAUGAUGAUAUCAUAACCAAAAAUGAGUACAAGCGGGUUUAUAAGUCGAUGCUUCGAGGCUGUCUGCGACGACCACAACGUAAUAACAAAAACUUGCCAUCAAAUUGUGUCGACUGCGAAGAUACACGGAAGUACGUAAAAACGUCCAUCGAGUUAUAUCAUCACUUUUCUAAUCCAUCGUUAAAUCGGCGUUGGAUUUGUAAUGAAUGUGAAUCAGAAAAUAGUUCCGUUACGUGGCAUUGCAUUAUUUGUGACACAGUCAGUUAUUUGGCGCCCAUAUAUAAAGAUACGAUUCUAAAUCGAGAGUACAGCCAUUAUAGGCAGGGCAGUACAAAGCAACUAAUAACGGCAGAAAGUAAAAAGAAAAAGGUUUUAAAACGUCCCAAUUGCUUACGUAGAACACAAAGCCUUACUACAGACAAGUCGUUCUCUUGCCGCAGUUGCCACAUUUGCUUCGUAAAUAAUUGCAAAGACAUUUUUAAUCUUCCGGACACCUUUAUGCUAAAAUGCAACAAAAAGGCAAAUAAUAUACCCGGAGGAGGAAAUCUGCAAACUACAUCCACCGAUAAUAAGCAAAACCUUAGAAAUGCAACCUUUAAUGAAGGUCAUAAUUGUCCCGAACCAAAAGGAAAUUUUACAAUAACAACACUUUCAAAAAGCAACAAAGUGGAGCCAGAUAAGAAUAAUUUAAAUUUACCAAGCUCUAGCGUUUUAAUAGCCGUUAAUGAUUGGGCUACUCCAACAACUAUUCAAACUGCAUUAAGUGAUGGAAAAGGAUCUGUUAUGGAAAGUAGAGAAAAAAUUAUCGAACUUGUCGAAGCUAAUAGAAUAUGCAAAAAUGAACAACUUCAAAAUAGCUAUGCCAAUUUUAAAGAAGAAAAAAGAAAGAAAGCACAACCCAUUUAUGAAAACAACCAAUUCAUUCAAACUACAAGCAGAUCUUGCAAUAUUAGCGCCAGAAAUGUGAAUUCAAAUCUUGAAGAAUGUAAUCAACCUAUAUAUGCUAUAGUUGAUAAGAAUAAGAAAAUAAAAAAACAAAAUGUGUCAUGUGAAGACUUACCACAACAAGACUUUGUACCCAAUGCAACAGGCAACAAGUCGGAGCAACUUAACAAUCUACUUAAAAACUAUAACAAAACAAAAUGUAAAGAAACUCCUAAUAGCUAUUCUGACAUAACGGAUAAUAUGAUUUCCAAUGAAAACGUUCCAGAGAGUGAUUACGCUAAAAUCGACGCAGUCAACAUUAGCGAUAAUUCGUUAACUUCAGAUCCAAAAAUGGAUAUUAAUGCUGAGCACUCCAUUUAUGCAAAAGUGUGGAAAGGCCCCCGAAAAACAAGUGAAUCAAAAAUAUUAAACGCAUCUACGAAUCGAUGUGCACCUCAUACUGACAAUAAUAUGCUCAACAAUGCAAGAAGAACGUGGACGUGCUCGAAAUGCUCCUAUGCAUAUAAUCGUAUUUGGACAGAGAGCUGUGAGAUUUGCGAAUCGAUUCGCAGUCAACCAACAGUGGAGCAACCCAGUUUAAUAACAGUUACGAAGCCUGAAAAUGCAAUAGCAACCAGCGUUCGAAAUGAAGGUCAAUGGACGUGCAAAAAGUGUACAUUAGUUAACGAUCCAACUGCGAUUGCUUGUGCAGUGUGUGGAGGUUCAAAGUUGCGAAGUAUUUGCUCAAUAGAGGAUAUGACACUGCGCAAAGGUGAAUUUUGGACUUGCAGUCAUUGUACUCUGAAAAAUAACCUCUCUACGGGUGUAUGCAGCGCAUGCAAAUCUGUACGAUCGCUCCCCAUAGAACCCAGGAGAGUACAACUAAAUGAGCUCCAGAUCGAAGAAACAAUUGCUUCUAAUAUAGCGGAAGUCAAUCCGUCUUUUGGACAACCUGUUGUGAAAACAGUAAAUUUACAACCGAAUCAAAUAAAGGUUUCGAGAAGCCCAUCACCGCGACAAAUUCGGAGUUCAUCCGGUGCCAUUCCUAAGAGACACAGUACGGGUGGUAGUAUAUCAAUUCGAAAUUCGAGUUCUACCACUUCAACUGUUUCACCGUCAGCAUCAAAUGGCAGCAGCAGCCAACAUGGACCAAGUUCAAGUAGCAGCAAUAAUAUUGUUCCAUCCAAAAUGUGGCAGUGUCCAGCUUGCACAUAUGAAAACUGCUCUGCUUCUGUCGUUUGCGACAUGUGCUCUAGUCCUCGUGGCUUAGCCAAUAGCUUAAAUGAGGUUACUCUCCCAAUAUCCGGUAAAAUUAUUAUGGAUAUUCGGCAGGAAAGCAAACUAAUGGAAAAUCUAAGACAAAAUGAAGAAAAAGAAGCUCUAAAUAAAUGGAAGAAUAUAAUUCAAUACUGCAGUGAUAACAACGAGCUUUUUGUCGAUGAUUCCUUUCCUCCGGCACCUAAGAGUUUAUAUUAUAAUCCGACAAAUAACAUCCCUGAUGGUAAUCCAGUUGUGCAGUGGAGACGUCCUCAUGAAAUAAGUUGUGAAGGGGGUGCUUUUCCGCCAUGGGCAGUGUUUAGAACUCCCCUUCCAUCGGAUAUAUGCCAAGGUGUAUUAGGGAAUUGUUGGUUGCUCAGUGCACUUGCUGUAUUGGCAGAACGUGAAGAUCUAGUUCGAGAAGUGCUAGUGACAAAAGAGAUAUGUUUGCAAGGAGCUUAUCAAGUACGACUGUGUAAAGAUGGCAAAUGGAUAACAGUAUUGGUUGAUGACUUACUGCCAUGUGACAAACGCGGUCAUCUCGUUUAUUCGCAAGCGAAAAGAAAACAACUUUGGGUUCCUUUAAUCGAAAAAGCCGUGGCGAAAAUUCAUGGAUGUUAUGAAGCUCUUGUGUCUGGGCGAGCGAUUGAAGGUUUGGCAACCUUAACGGGAGCACCUUGUGAAAGCAUUCCUUUACAGGCAAGUUCGCUGCCAAUGCCCAGCGAGGAUGAAUUAGAUAAAGAUUUGAUCUGGGCUCAACUGCUAAGUUCUCGAUGUGUUCGAUUUUUGAUGGGCGCUAGUUGUGGUGGCGGAAAUAUGAAGGUAGAUGAGGACGAAUACCAACGAAAAGGUCUACGCCCUAGGCAUGCGUACUCCGUGCUAGACGUUAGAGAUAUUCAGGGACACCGUUUAUUAAAAUUGCGCAAUCCCUGGGGCCAUUACUCAUGGCGCGGUGAUUGGUCCGACGAUUCUGAACUUUGGACUGAAGAUUUACGUGAAAUAUUGAUGCCACACGGUGCAUCAGAAGGGGUAUUUUGGAUUUCAUUUGAGGAUGUAUUAAAUUACUUUGAUUGCAUUGAUAUUUGUAAAGUGCGUUCUGGCUGGAAUGAGGUCCGAUUGCAGGACACCUUGCAGCCGUUGUGCUCAAUUUCAUGUGUUCUGCUUACGGUUUUGGAGCCAACGGAAGCCGAAUUUACACUUUUUCAAGAGGGUCAACGGAACUCUGAGAAAUCACAGCGGUCACAGCUGGAUUUGUGUGUUGUGAUAUUCCGAACGCGUUCAGCGGUGUCACCAGAGAUAGGAAGACUGGUGGAGCAUAGCAAGCGCCAGGUUCGCGGAUUUGUGGGUUGUCAUAAAAUGUUGGAACGUGAUAUAUAUUUACUAGUUUGUCUUGCAUUUAACCACUGGCAUACUGGAAUCGAAGAACCUCAUCAAUAUCCUCAGUGUAUUUUAGCUAUACACAGCUCCAAACGUCUUCUUGUGGAGCAAAUCACUCCUUCGCCCCAUUUGCUAGCUGAUGCAAUAAUAAGUUUAACUUUAACAAAGGGUCAACGUCACGAAGGAAGAGAAGGAAUGACUGCUUAUUAUUUAACGAAGGGUUGGGCUGGACUUGUAGUUAUGGUUGAAAAUCGUCACGAAAAUAAAUGGAUACAUGUUAAAUGUGAUUGCCAAGAAAGCUACAACGUUGUAUCCACAAGAGGAGAAUUAAAGACGGUUGACUCGGUUCCACCUUUGCAACGGCAAGUUAUUAUAGUUUUAACACAACUGGAAGGAAGUGGUGGAUUUAGUAUUGCUCAUCGGCUAACGCACCGACUUGCAAACUCUAGGGGACUUCAUGAUUGGGGUCCUCCAGGAGCAACGCACUGCCCGCCAAUAGAGAAUGUUCACGGAUUACAUGCACCUCGUUUGAUUACUUAAAUAUCCAGCAUUCUAGUCAACAUUUCGCGAUACUGAUAUACACAAACAUACAUAUUAUAUUUAUAAAUAUAAGGUCGAGUAUACGUAGGUUUAAUAAAUCAUUUGAAUGUUUUGUUUUCCUAGUAAUAUAAGGAAAAAGCAAAUAAAUACAAAAUAAAAACACUA